AGCUCCGGCCAGGCGCCCGCUCCUCCGCGUCGCCGCUCGCCGCCGUCGCGCAGCCCCAGCCGGCGGGAGCCCGGGGCUCACCAUGUCGGUCGCGCUCAGCAACAGGUUUCAAGGAGGGAAGGCGUUUGGUUUGCUCAAAGCCCGGCAGGAGAGGAGACUGGCUGAGAUUAACCGGGAGUUCCUCUGUGAUCAGAAGUUCAGCGAUGAGGAGAAUCUGCCAGAAAAGCUUGCGGCCUUCAAAGAGAAGUACAUGGAGUUCGACCUCAACAAUGAAGGCGAGAUUGAUUUGAUGUCUUUGAAGAGGAUGAUGGAGAAGCUGGGGGUCCCCAAGACCCACCUGGAGAUGAAGAAGAUGAUCUCGGAGGUGACCGGCGGGGUCAGCGACACCAUCUCCUACCGAGACUUCGUGAACAUGAUGCUGGGGAAACGCUCGGCUGUCCUCAAGCUAGUCAUGCUGUUUGAAGGAAAAGCCAACGAGAGCAGCCCCAGGCCAACAGGGCCCCCCCCAGAGAGAGACAUUGCCAGCCUGCCCUGAAGAGCCCCUGGACCCACCUCUGUCCCUGCUCCUCCUGCCUGGUCUUGCUUGUCGGGUCCUUGUGGGUUUGUCAUCCAUCUCUCUGCUUUCCGAGGGUUCUGGGUUUGGGAACCUCCCGUUCUUCCUCCCUCCUUCCCCACUCCCUGUGCACAAGGGCUGCCCUGCAGUCCAAACCCUGAGGGCAGGACACGG